ACUAUCAUACCAAGAGUAGCAUUGUCGGUUUUAGAUACCUUCAGGCACUUCGUAUAACAAUUCGGUUUGUGUUCAAGUAUUUCCACAAUAAUGGAAGACAAAGCGAACUCUAAUAGUACCGCAGUUGAGGCUGCCGAAAAUCCAUCCACGCCAGCAAAGAAGUCGUCGAAAAGUAAGUCGAAAACGCAACGUGAAAAGGCGUCUCAUCCACCAACUUCAGAAAUGGUCAACGCUGCCAUUAAGGAGUUGAAGGAUCGUAAAGGAUCAUCUCUCCAAGCUAUCAAAAAAUACAUUGCCUCCACUUACAAAGUCGACGGAGAGAAAUUUGCCCCGUUCAUUAAGAGGUACUUGAAAUCUGCUGUGACAUCUGGAACUGUCGUCCAAACAAAAGGCAAAGGAGCGUCUGGAUCUUUCAAGUUAUCUACUGGGAAAAGUGAGACUUCUAAGACCAAGAAGGUUCCUCACCCAGCCAAGAAGGCCGCACCAAAAAAGGUACAAUCUGUCGAGAAGAAGACCGUCUCAAAGAAAACUGCUCCUGCUAAGAAGCCGGCAUCGCCCAAAAAAGCUGCAGUUGAAAAGAAACCGGCACCAGCGAAGAAGAGUGCAUCUAAGGUGGCCGUUGCAAAACCUAAAGCUGCCAGCGAAGCCAAGAGCAUGUCGAAAGCUAAGAAGACCGCCAAAGCACCAGCGGCCAAGACUAAAACACCUAAACCCAAGAAAGCAGCUGCACCAAAAGCAGUUAAAUCCCCAGCAAAAAAAUAAUUAUUUUCAAAUUACAUUGCCCUUUAAAUCCAAAUGGCCCUUUUCAGGGCCACUAAA